UCAGGUGGGAGAUAGAGCCUCUGGAUUUGUCUUUCGUAUCUGGGAUUUUUUCAUUUAGCAGACUCUGAUCUUAUGGCACUUGACAGGUUAAAUUCUCCAACCACAUUUGAAAUGCCAAUGGAGGUUUUGGGCCAUGAAUUGCAGUUUACUCAGGAUCCCAAUUCAAAGCACUUAGGAACAAAAGUGUGGGAUUCAUCACUUGUUUUUGCCAAAUUUCUUGAACGGAAUUGCAGAAAGGGAAGGUUUUCUCCAGCUAAACUUAAAGGAAAACGUGUAAUUGAACUUGGAGCUGGCUAUGGUGUUUCUGGUUUUGGUAAUGUUACAAAUGAUUUUUAA